CAACGCGUGGAGGCGGAGCCUCGCGAUCGCCGCGCAAACCCUCCCCUUGCCUUCCGACGGCAUUUCCCAUGGCUGCCUCUGCUGCUCCUCACUGUUUGGGCCCGAGUGCCCGGGCCUCCAGCACCCACCGGAAGGCUGCAGGCACUAAACAGACAAGGGUCCUCAAGCCAGAAGAUGCUUCCAGAAGGCGAGCGGAACUCGAAGCCGCAGUGCAGAGGAAGGUGGAGUGUGAGAGGAAGGCUGUGCGCAUCGUCGAGCAGCUUCUGGAAGAAAACAUCACAGAGGAAUUCCUAAAGGAGUGUGGGAUGUUUAUCACACCAGCUCACUACAGCGACGUCGUGGACGAGAGGGCCAUUAUCAAACUCUGUGGCUAUCCUUUAUGUCAGAAGAAGUUAGGAGCCAUACCAAAACAGAAAUAUAAAAUUUCUACUAAAACCAAUAAAGUCUACGAUAUUACUGAAAGAAAGUCUUUCUGCAGCAAUUUUUGUUACAGAGCAUCUAAGUUUUUUGAAACACAAAUUCCGAAAACUCCAGUAUGGGUUCGAGAGGAAGAGAGGCCCCCCGACUUCCAGCUGCUGAAGGAAGGACAAAGUGGCCGCUCUGGAGAAGUCGUCCAGUUCCUCAGUGAUGCCGUCACACCAGCAGACAUUGAUGGUCCUGGUGCCCGUGAGGCCCAGAGUGAAGCCACAGCUCCCAGCGCUUGGUGUGAUCACACUACAGACGAUGAGCAAGACUUCGUCUCUUCGCUUCUCCCCGGACACGGACCAAGGGCAGCCGACAGGAGGCCACAGCCGCACAGGGAGAGCAGCAUAAGGAAGAAGAAAGCUGGUCAGAAAGUGACCUCCAGACACAGAGAGCAGACGGUGGCCGAUGUCACUGAGCGGCUGGGUAACUGCAGAUUGGAUGGUCAGGAGAAAAUGGCUGCCUGUGAGCUUCCUUCCAAGAGAGAAAAUACGCAGACUUCCUCGCCUGACUCUUCAGCGGCUUCCGACAGCAGACACAGUGUGUCAGAAGUCACUCUGGUAGGGAUAAGCAAGAAGAGUGCUGAGCAUUUCAGGGUCAAAUUUGCCAAGUCUAACCAAGGGUCUGGGCCAGCCUCUGGCCCAGGGCAGGGUCCUGAGGUCGCAAAGGCAAGCUUACUUCGAGUUCUGAAGGACACCUUGACUGAGUGGAAGACAGAAGAAACGUUGAAGUUUUUGUAUGGCCCAGAUCUUGCCUCCGUGUGCCCGAAACUGCCUUCAGCCCCCAUAGCCGAUGAAGAACUCGAUGAAGAUGACUUAAGUUGUGACCCAGCUAGUUGUGGUCCUGCCGUGAGCCAACCCCAGAACAACUUAGACGAGACACUACCCUUUAGAGGCUCAGACACGGCCACGAAGCCACUGCCAAGUUACGAGAACUUGAAAAAAGAAACGGAAAUGCUGAAUCUGAGGGUCAGGGAGUUCUACAGAGGACACUAUGUUUUAAAUGAGGAAACUACCAAGUCGCAGGACCCAGGAGAGAAUGGGUUUCAGCGUGAUACCAGCUUCCCACUGAUUGAUUCAAGCUCCCAGAGCCAGAUUAGAAGACGGAUUGUUCUUGAAAAAUUGAGCAAAGUAUUGCCUGGACUUUUGGGUCCUCUUCAGAUUACAAUGGGCGAUAUUUACUCGGAACUGAAAAGCCUUGUUCAGACUUUCAGAUUAUCAAACCGAAACAUUAUCCACAAGCCCAUGGAAUGGACUUUGAUCGCUGUGGUGUUGCUGACAUUAUUGACGCCGAUUCUUGGCAUUCAGAAGCAUUCUCCGAAAAACGUGGUAUUUACACAGUUUAUAGCCACCCUGCUGACAGAACUGCAUUUAAAAUGUGAAGAUCUUGAAAAUUUAACCACUGUAUUUAGAACCAGCUGCUGAGAAACAUGAUACAAUUCAAGAAGACAGAAGAUGAACUCUACUCAACAUACUGGAAUUUUAGCCACUGAUGGGCCAUGAGUGACCGCUGACUAAGUGCAUAACUUCCUCAGUGACCCCAGCAGGAAGAAGCAAGCCCUUACUACCAGAACUUCAAAACACAGGAUCUUUACUUGAAAAGGAAAAAAUAAAUUGAAACUUGAAUGAAUAUUCAAGAAAA